CAGGCUGCAGCCCCCUCUGCCCACCCUCCCCACCACGACAAGCCCCAGUGCCGUGAAGCAAGAGCACCCACACAGGUUGCUCUACCCAGUGUGACGUUCUGACUUCCUACCCUGAGGCACAAACUGAGACUCCCCCCUGAGGGUCCUUCAGGACAGGGGCAGCCAUGUCACAGUUCUCUACCAUGACAACAAGGGAGAGGAAAAUGCAGGCGGCAGCAAUCUGCAGGGAGUUUCAAGCCCAGGAAGAUAUAGAGAUGGAUCUUGGGAAGAAAAUGAGCGUGCCUAAGGACAUCAUGCUGGAGGAGCUGUCUCUUGCCUCCAACCGUGGCUCCCGUCUCUUCAAAAUGCGCCAGAGGCGCUCAGAAAAAUACACCUUUGAGAACAUCCAGAAUGAAAACAACAAGCUGCUCAACAACUCAGUGGUUUUCCAAACAGAGAAUGGGAAUCCCAUGGUCAGCCACAGUGGCAAGAACGACUCGGGAGACAACCAACCCUCGAAAGUACCGUCUGACACAGCAGAUACAGGAAUGGUGCCAAAUCCAGAUAGUAUUGCCCCGGGCUAUGGAGGUCCUUUGAAGGACAUCCCUCCAGAGAAGUUCAACUCCACGGCUAUCCCCAAGUCUUACUUCUCACCCUGGGAGCAGGCCAUCAUCAGCGACCCGACCUUAGCUCGCACCCUCACCACCUGCAUGGCUGAACCAGAGCCCCAACCAGAUCUACCAGGUUACAAAAGUUUUAACAGGGUGGCAAUCCCAUUUGGUGGCUUCAACAAGGCACCCACACCUGCUCCCGUCAAUCUGCCACAGGUCGAAGCCCUGCCUGACUUCCCCGAUCUCCGGGCUGAAACAAAAGUACCUCGGCCCACCUUCAACAGAUCCGCUAUGGGGUGGUUGACGGCGAGCGAUGCAGUCCCCCUCCCCACCGUUUCCCUUGAGCCUGUGCCGCUCCCUGAGUCAGAUGACCUUUGAACCCAUAAUGAAGUCACACAGAGAUGCUGUCAAGUUAGUCGCUGCACCCAAGGUCAUGGUGAGCAGGGGAAACAUUUUCGGUCAGGGUGAGAGAAAGCAUUCUCUUGGAAUCGGCUGGUUGAAGUAAUCGUAUGUCCAGCAUCCCUUGUGUUUUUUUUCAGUGAUGUCAUCUCUUGCACUGAAAUGAAAUUUAAUCAUGAGUUAAUGUACAGGGGGCAGGGACACUGCUGGAAUAAAUGGAGCUUGUUGUAAAUGAAUGUGUACUAAGUAUAUUUUAUCUUGCAGCACAAGUUUAGCUAAAUAAAAUGGUGUUUGAGUCCAGCAUUA